AUGGAGGAGGAACAGGCCGGCCGCCGCGCGACAAGGAGGACGUCUAAACAGAUCGAUAGGGAGAGUGGUGGCGGCGCUAAAAAAACUAAUGCGUCCGUCGCGCGCGGCAUUGGGCGGAAAAAAGUGGCGGCAAAAAAGGUUGAGCGCGGUCAAGAGAAGUCCGGCAAGAAAGCGGAAGACAAGGGGAAGCAACCAACGCCACGCAAGCGUCUUUCUACAGUGAACAAAGAUGCGGAUGUUGCCUCUGCUAGAACCGAGCCCGUCCCGUCGGCGGAGAUAGAGGGAUCGGCGACAGGGGGAAACCACGGAGGCGAUCCCCACGCCGAGCAUGCCGCAACCAAGGAGUCCGAGGCGGCGGCAUCGCAACAGCAUCUGACGCUGCUCCAGCCGACCGUGGUCGAAGUUUCUGCAGCUGUGCUGGAUAAGGACAAGGUGGGGGAACACGAGUCGAUGGAGGAUCCUAACCACAGCAUCGCCGACGUCGGUGGCUCUCCUCCUUCUGGUGGAUGGGGGAGGCAUAGGCAGAGGAAGAGCGAUGGGGAGGACGAUUAUGACACCGCCGUGCCCGGGGACCUCACCACGCGGGCAAAGAGGCGGCAGACGACAGGCAGUGCUGACGACGCCGGAGGCGCGGAAGUUGGGACAACGCGAGGCGCCAAGGAAGCUAGUGGCAAGGCGGGCAGUCAAGCAUUGCGCCAGAAGGGCCGACCCGCAGCAAGAAAAACAUCCGGCGGAAGGAGAGGCAAGAAAGCAGCGACGGGGACGAGGCCGAAACGGGGCAAUGAAGACUCUGGUGAUGCGGAGGAGGAGGAGGAUGAGGAGGAGGAUGCGGAGGAAGAGGAGGAUGAAGAGGAUGCGGAGGAGGAUGAUGCGGAUGUUGGGGAGGAUGAAAAAGAUGAGAAUGAUGGCGGGGAGGACGAAGAGGAGGAGGAGGAGGAGGAGGAGGAGGAGGAGGAGGAGGAGGAGGAGGCAGAGGAGGAGGAGGAGGAGGAGGAGGAGGAGGAGGAGGAGGAGGAGGAGGAGGAGGAGGAGGAGGAGGAGGGGCAGGGUGACGACGAGGAGGAGGAUGAGGAGGAGUAG